AUGAGAGCUGAACAACAAAGGAAAAGAACAAGAAGUAGUACUUCAACCACUACUACAACUACAUCUAGAAGGAACAAUAUAAUUGCGGCAUCCACAUCAACUUCUAGGCUGCCUGUUACAGUGGACAAGCUACCUGUGAGGAGAAGAUCAACAAGGAGAGCUUCCACAUCUGUUGUACCAACCCAAGCAUCACAAUCAUCUUCACAGGCAUCAACGACACCUCCAACAUCACCUCCACCAAUGUCUUCAAUAAGAUCUUCAACAAGACCUCCAAUUGCAGGUUUUCAGCCCCCUAGACCUUCAACAACAACUACAAAGACAGGUUUUAAUCCACCAAAGGCUUCAAGAAUAUCUUCAACAAUAUCCAGGAAGCAAUAG